AUGGAAUCUUUAGUUAUGUUUCAAGAGGAUCUUAAUUCGCGUAUUAAAAAAGCACAAGUUAAUUUUAAAAAAUGUCCGAAAGAAAGACUAACAAAGGAGUAUGUAGAAGGAAGGUUGGAAAGUUUAGAUCAGUAUUGGUUUGAUUUUUUAAAUGGUCAUAAGGAUAUAAUGCGCACUGUAGAGCCAAAAUUAUUGAGAUCUUCUAGUUAUGUAGCGAAUGAUUAUUAUGAUGAAACUGAACAAAUGUAUCUGAAUUUUAAAGGUGAUUUAAAAAGAAUUUUGUCAACUUUUAAUAGCACUCAGUCAAAUAUUAAUACGGAACAGUCGCGUGGUUCUACUAGUGGUUCUACGCAUGUAAAAUUGCCGAAAAUAAAUAUAAAAGGCUUUUCAGGCCAAUAUUCGGAGUGGAGUGCCUUCCACGAUUUAUUUAAAUCCUUAAUUCACCAAAAUCAAACUUUAGAUGAUGUCGAAAAACUACAUUAUCUGAAGGGCUAUUUAACAGGCGAAGCCGAACAAAUUUUAAAGCAUAUACCUAUUAUGGGCAGUAAUUAUGAAAGGUGUUGGUCUUUAUUAGAGGAGCGAUAUAAUAAUAAAAAAUACAUCUGUCAUCAUAUAUUGAAAAGGUUUUUAAGUCAGAGAAAUUUAACAUGUGAAUCCGCUACGGGUAUCAAGGAAUUGAUAGAUACAACUAAUGAUUGUUUGGCGACUUUAUGUAAUAUUGGUGUUGAUGUCAAGGGAUGGGAUAUUUUAGUUAUACAUAUUUUAACUUUAAAAUUAGAUUAUGAAACUAGGCGACAAUGGGAAUUUAAUUUUACAAAUAAUAGUAAGUCGUCUGAUGAGUUACCGUCUUACGAACAGUUUAAAGAGUUUUUGACUAGUCGUUAUCGUGCUAUUGAAUUUUUAGAUAAUAAACCUAAUGUAAUAAAUAAGUCUCAGAACAUUCACAAAGGGUUUCAAAUUAGUAAGCCUAAGUCAUUUCAUAUCACCAAUGCUAAAUGUCAGUUUUGUAUGGAAGGUCACAAACUCUGUUAUUGUAAAAAGUUUGCUAAAGAAAAUGUAAAUACUCGCCGUCAAUUUGUACAAACAAAUAAUCUUUGUUUUAAUUGCUUGGGUAGCAACCACUCUGCCAAAGCAUGCUUUAUUCCAAUAAAAUGUCGUGUGUGCAAAAGAAAACACCACUCUCUUUUACACCCCACGGGUAACAGUGAUGUUGUUAAUAGUGAUGAAAGGUCAUCGUCCAAUGAGUGUGUUGUCCCGUCUACUAGCUCAGGUGUGGAAAUAGAUAAACCAACUCAGUCUAUAAGUUGUUUCUCGACAGGUCGAAUUAGUAAUCAGGUUUUACUAGCUACGGCGCUAGUCGAAGCCAAGUCGAGAAAUGGUCUGGGUUACACUAUACGAGCUUUGAUAGAUCAAGGAUCACAAUCUUCAUUUGUCACGGAGUCUAUAGUUCAAUAUUUGGGUUUAAAAAAGAUCCCGAUCAGAGGGCAAAUAUCUGGAUUGGGUGGAGAUAAGGAUAUCAUCUCCAAGGCUAUGGUGAACAUAGAACUGAAGUCUCUAGUUGACACUAAUUUUACUAUUAUUAUAAAGGCAUAUGUUUUGAAAUGUAUUACCAGUAUUUUACCAACAAAAAGAGUGGAAUCAUUAGAAUGGGAGGAUCUGAAGAAUGUUACUCUUGCGGACCCAAGUUAUAAUACUCCCAAUCGCAUAGAUUUAUUAUUGGGAGCGGAGGUAUAUUGUCGUAUAUUACAAGAUGGAAUAAAAAGGAGUCCAUCGGAAACAUUGGUAGCACAAUCUACUAGAUUAGGCUGGAUAUUAUCUGGAGUAGUUCAAGUGUCUGCCAACCCGCAUUCUGAAAUAAAGGUUAUGCACUGUAGAAUAGAAGAAAAUGAAAUAUUAAAGAAAUUCUGGGAAUUGGAAUCAGAUACAGAAUUGACAAGGGAAAAAUUACUUACCGAUGAAGAAAAAACGUGUGAAAAAUAUUACACUGAUACUACUUACCGAGAUAUUGAUGGUAAAUAUGUUGUCCGUCUUCCAUUCAAGGAGAGUCCGUAG